UGUCUUCAAAUAUUCACUCAUACACGUCUUGCCAUUAAUACUAUCUUAGUAAAAAUUUGGAAACUAUUUAGCUUAACAUGGAGAGAGAAGAAAGUGGAACAUUGAUCAUGGGACGUGCUGAGAUUGAUACUGGAGCUCCUUUUAAGUCUGUUAAAGAAGCUGUUCUUUUGUUUGGAGAAAGAGUUUUGGUUGGAGAAAUUUAUGCUAAUAAGCUCAAAGAGAUGCAAAAUGAAGCAAGUGAAACUGGGAAUGUACAACCGAAAGCUGGAGCAUUAGCGGCGGAGCUGGAAGAAACAAAGCGGAAACUCGAGGGAGCGAAAGAAGAAGCUAACAUUUUAUCUCAAUGCGUGAAGUCCCUCAAGAAGGAACUUGAGCAAACAAAGAAAGAAUUGGAAGAGACGAAAGAAAGAGAGAUGAAGUUGCUUCAGAGACGCGAUGGUCCGGAGACAAACGAAGAGAUCAAGUUUAUUGCGAACGCAACCAAUGUGGAAAUCAAAACACAAACAGAUGAUGAUGAUAGCGAGGAAACAAUUCAAAAAAGAAGAUAUGUGAAGUUUGCUAGCCCUCAUGUUUUGGCUCAAGUUAUUCCGAAUAAAGAUGAGUUACUUGGGAGACCUAAUUCGGUUAAGAAAGGUAAGAAGAAGCCAGCAUUGAUGCCUUUGAUCGGAUGGCUUUUCUCGAAAAAGAAGGGAAGUUAUGAAGUCGAUCACUCUCCAAAAGGUUAAGAUUUCAUCAUUCAUGAAAUGUGUCUACCAACAUGCAUGUUAUGAUUGAUUAAUAAUUCUCUGUUGUUACUUUUCUUUGUUUUCCUAGCUAUGUUCUUGUUUUGCUAGUGAAACAAAGUCUAAGAUUUUGCAAAUUUGUGACUCCUAGUUCCUUAAUGAAUAUACAGUU